AUGAGACAGCUAACGCUCUGCGCGGACAUUCGGAGUGCUGUGGCCAACGCCAUCUACAUUAUUGAAGCGAUUGUAGAGAAGAAGGAAGCCAAGGAAGCAGUCUUCGCGGAGGCUCAAAACCAUUGCCCAUCUAACGCUCUCCUAAUCACAAACACGUCGUCUAUUCGCUUUGGUCGACCUGCUGCCAUCGAUGCGUGA